AUGAUCCUGAGGUCCUGUAGCAGCCACAAGCCCAGCACCCUUUUCUCUGCCCAUUCUGGGGAGCUGCUGACUUGUGAAGAAUCUUCCCUGGGGUGGGGAGGACAAGCGCAGCGGUCCCAGGUGACCCCCGUCUUGCUUGGUCCCCCGGGCCCAGGUACGUCGGUGAUGCAGGUGAUGGCCUCGGAUGCGGAUGACCCCACGUACGGCAGCAGCGCUCGGCUGGUGUACAGCGUGCUGGAUGGCGAGCAUCACUUCACCGUGGACCCCAAGACCGGCGUGAUCCGGACAGCCGUGCCCGACCUUGACCGCGAAAGCCAGGAGCGCUACGAGGUGGUGAUCCAGGCCACAGACAUGGCGGGCCAGCUGGGUGGCCUCUCCGGCUCCACUACCGUCACCAUCGUGGUCACCGAUGUCAAUGACAACCCACCCCGUUUCCCGCAGAAAAUGUACCAGUUCAGCAUUCAGGAGUCGGCCCCCAUCGGCACGGCUGUGGGACGGGUGAAGGCUGAGGACUCAGACGUGGGCGAGAACACAGAUAUGACUUACCACCUCAAGGAGGAGAGCGGCAGCGGCGGCCAUGUGUUCAAGGUCACCACGGACAGCGACACUCAGGAGGCCAUCAUUGUAGUGCAGAAGCGCCUGGACUUCGAGUCCCAGCCCGUGCACACCGUGGUCCUGGAGGCCCUCAACAAGUUCGUGGACCCCCGCUUCGCUGACCUGGGCACGUUCCGCGACCAGGCGAUCGUGCGCGUGGCCGUGACCGACGUGGACGAGCCCCCCGAGUUCCGGCCGCCCUCCGGCCUCCUGGAGGUGCAGGAGGACGCGCAGGUGGGCUCCCUGGUCGGCGUGGUGACGGCGCGGGACCCCGACGCCGCCAACCGGCCCGUCCGGCUCCGGUUCCCCUCCCUGCCGUCCAGGUCCUGGCUGACUGAAUGA